AUGUCAAAGCCAUCGAUCCCUGCCUGGCAGCGAACAGCAACUACCGAUCCACCAACUCUGUCCACGGAAGAGCAGCCGAAGCCAGAAAACGCAGCGGAAGACAGCACAAAACCUGUCGCAGAAGAACCUGGUAGCCAAGACAUCACUGAGAAGGUUCAUCAAAGUACGGAUCUCCUAGCGCAAGCCUCGCGCUUUCUCGAAGACCCAAACAUCCGCAAUGCGCCACGAGAGAAGAAGGCCGUGUUUUUGCAGGCGAAAGGCGUGUCAGCCGAGGACAUUGAAACGUUGCUAGGGAAUCCGGUACAAGAGGAUGCUUUCUCAGAUCUGGAAGAAGUCGGUGCUCGAGCCUGGUCUACAACGUCACCACAAGCAGUCGAAAGAUCGUUCGCACCUCCGCCACAGCCCCGCGAGAUACCACCAAUCGUCACAUAUCCUGAGUUUCUUGCGCAGACCGAGAAACCACCACCGCUCGUGACAACUAAACGCCUAGUGGACACAGCAUACAUCGCAGGAGGCUUGAUGGCUACAAUGUAUGGCUUGUCCAAGUACAUCAUUGCACCGAUGGCGUACAACCUUGCUGAAGCGCGACACGACUUCGCCGCACAUACCCAGGAGCAGUUGGUGGAGUUCAAUAAGAAGCUUGGUGGAGCUGUUUCGGUAGACCCAGCCAGCAAAGUGAAGAAGACCACUUCGGAGAUCGGAGACGAUGUAUCAGAGGCAGACUCGGAUCCCACCGAGCUGUAUCACCGCGACUACGGGACACAAACCACGCCGAACCUGUCACGGCGCCCCUCGCUCGAAGUGGCAGAUGCCCAUCCCAUGGUUACAGCUCAAGAAAACCGGUUAAAGAUCAUCAAAUCGCAUCUGAACGAACUCGUCACCAAUCGAUCGAACAGCGUUGUCUCUCGCGACUCGUUACACACCAAAGUGUCAGACUUGACCACUUAUCUCAAUGACAUGAGUUACCAAAAUCAAUAUUACUCCAGUAUGAACGGAAUGUAUGGCAGUAAUUAUGGUCUGCCUUCGGGGAAAGAUGGAAAGACAGAUCAGAUAGAUGUUUUGAAGCAGGAUAUAAGAGCAGUCAAAGGCGUCUUCCUCAGCGCCAGGAAUUUCCCUACUGGCGGGCAGCGUCUGCCUGGGACGCGUACGCCUCCAAGCGCCAUGCCGACAGGAAGACGGACACCGCCAACACCCACUGGAAGAUAG